AUGGUGGCCCAUGGCCUUUCCCCUGGACAUGAUGGCGGCUUCAUGUACCGCCCCUUUCGCCUCUUCGGCCGCGAACUCUGGUACGCCUCGCCCAAGGUACAGCUCUUCAUGGUCUCCAUCGUCUGCUUCCUCUGCCCCGGCAUGUACAACUCCCUUACCGGCCUCGGCGGCGGCGGCCAGGUCGACACCUCGGUCCAGGACCACGCCAAUAUCGCCCUCUACAGCACCUUUGCCGUCGUCGGCUUCUUUGCCGGCACCUUUGCCAACCGCCUCGGCCUGCGCCUCACCCUCUCCAUUGGCGGCCUCGGCUACUGCAUCUACAGCGCCUCCUUUCUCUCCUACUCCCACACCAAAAACACCGGCUUCGUCAUCUUCUCCGGCGCCUUCCUCGGCCUCUGCGCCGCCCUGCUCUGGACCGCCCAGGGCGCCAUCAUGAUGGCCUACCCGCCCGAGAACAGCAAGGGCCGCUACAUUUCCUGGUUCUGGGUCAUCUUCAACCUCGGUGCCGUCAUCGGCUCCCUGAUCCCCCUCGCGCAAAACAUCAACAAGCGGGCUGGCCCCGUGACCGACGGCACCUACAUCGCCUUCAUCAUCCUUAUGUUCGCCGGCGCCUGCCUGUCUCUGAUGCUCUGCGACGCAGGCAAGGUGAUGCGUGAAGACAACACAAAGGUCAUUCUCAUGAAGAACCCGUCCUGGUCCAGCGAAUUCAAAGGCCUGUGGGAUACACUCUUCCAGGAGCCUUGGAUCCUCCUGCUCUUCCCCAUGUUCUUCGCCUCCAACUUCUUCUACACGUACCAGAACAACGUGAUGAACGCCGCCCACUUCAACACCCGCACCCGCGCCCUCAACAAUCUGCUCUACUGGCUGGCCCAGAUCUUUGGCGCCGUCCUCAUGGGCUACUGCCUCGACAUCCAUACCAUCCGCCGCAGCGUCCGUGCCAAGAUUGCCUUUGGCUUCCUCAUCAGCCUGACCUUGAUCAUCUGGGGUGGCGGCUGGCAUUGGCAGAAGCAGCAGGCCCCCCGGGAGGUGGCCGAGGCCAAGGGCUACGAACAUGUCGACUGGACCGAGGGUGGCACUCGCUUCAUCGGGCCCCUGUUUCUCUACUUUUUCUACGGCUUCUUUGAUGCCAUCUGGCAGACUAGCAUCUACUGGUUCAUGGGAUCCCUCUCAAACUCUGGUCGCAAGGCCGCUAAUCUGGCUGGCUUCUACAAAUCGAUUCAAUCUUUCGGAGCCAGCAUUGCGUAUUACAUGGACGGCAGCAAACAGCCCUACAACACACUCUUUGGGGUGACUUGGGGCUUGUUGGCCGGCUCCCUGAUCUUUGCACUGCCCGUCAUUCUCUUCAAGAUCAAGGACCACGUGUCGGUAGAGGAUGACCUCAAGUUUAGCGACGAGACGAUUGAAGACGUUGUGGUGGGGGUCGAGCACGGGCAGGUAGGGGUCGAGUACGGGGAAAAACCGACAUCGCAGGUGUAA